CCUAAAUUGUAGUAAUUGAGAAUUAGAUACAAUUUAAAAUUUCUAUUUGGUUUCCCACCUUUUUGUUUCAACUCAACAAUGGCGGUAACACCAACCCCGGAGAGUCUCCUCAGCCUCUCCAUCACCACCCACAAGAUCCCUCUCGGCUGUCCCAUCUUCGACACCUUCCUCCGCGGUGGAAUCCCCUGCAACUCCAUCACCGAGCUAGUCGCCGAGAGUGGCUGCGGCAAGACCCAAUUCUGUCUCCAACUCGCUCUCUCAGCUCAGUUACCGCUCAACCAUCACGGUCGCCUUUCCGGUUCCUCUCUCUACAUACACACCGAGUUCCCUUUCCCCUUUCGUCGUCUCCAACAACUUUGCCUCGAUUCUCCGAUUGGCGGGAACUCAGAUAAUAUAUUUGUUCACGCUGCUCAUUCUGCGGAACAACUGCUCGACGAAAUGCCUAAGAUAGAAUCGUUUCUUGUUGAUUCCCAAUCACGCUUGCCGAUUAGACUUAUUGUCGUAGAUUCGAUUGCUGCGUUGUUUCGUUCUGAAUUUGAUAACACCCCUUCUGAUCUUAAGCAAAGAUCAUCUCUUUUUUUCAAGAUUUCUGGACAAUUGAAGCUUUUGGCAAAGAGGUUUAAUGUAGCGGUUGUGGUAACGAAUCAAGUGGUUGAUUUUAUGGGAGAAAGUGGUAGUUUGAAUGGACUUAGGAUUGGGAAUUUAGGCUCUUUGUAUUCGUCUGGAAGACGGGUUUGUCCAGCAUUGGGGAUAGCUUGGGCGAAUUGUGUGAAUUCCAGGCUGUUUUUGUCUAGGAAUGAGGAGGUUAUAGGAGCAGAAAUCAGCUCGGAAAAUGCUGGUGAUGGGCUCUGUAGGCGAACAAGGCGGCGACUUUAUGUUCUCUUUGCGCCUCAUUUGCCUGAAUCUUCAACUGAAUUUGUGAUCAGAAGAGAAGGGGUUUUUGGAGUCAACAGAUAACAAAAUUUAUAAUGAUAUGUAAGUGUACAUGAAUGAAUCUAUCUGUGGUUAGCUUAGUAUUGUUGAGUUUUGUUUCAACUUUGAUGUUUGUGAAUUUGUUUUGAGUGUUUUGAUAGUACUCAACAAGUGGUCAUUUUGCUGCAAUAUUUUUUCAUAUUAAUAAUUUAUUUUGAAAUUCUAGUAUGUUAU